AUGCUAAAAAAUCAACCACGACCUACAAUACCCUAUAUACUAUACGGCAAGAAAAUCGAUUGACGCAUGGCCCGAUUUCUACUAGUAAAAUCUUACUAGUAAGGAAAAUCCAAGAAUUUUACUAGUAGGCUGCGCUGCUAGUAAUCUUAUCGUGACAAGCAAGCAAAAAAACUACUAGCAAGCGUACUAGUAGAGAGUUUACUAGGAGAAAGCUUACUAGUAGAAAAAGAAAAAGAAAACUGCCGCGCGGGGUGGUUCGCCCCGGGCUUGCGCCACAAAGCUCGCCCGCGCUGCUGGCUUCCCUUGCCCCCUGUGGAGAAACUAGCGCCGAGCAAUUAGUACCUGUGUGGUCGCGCGGGACGUGGCGCUCGUUCCCGGGAAAAGGGGGUGCAGCCGUGGGAGGGCGAGCGCUUCUUUAUCUGACCGAGGGUGGCGCGGCGCGUGCUGCUGCGCCCGCAGGUGCAGGCGAACUAGCAGCUCCGGCCCGGCCACGGUGCCCGGGAUGGCUUUGCGCUUUGUUUGGGCUACCCCGUUUUGCCUCGCGGCGGAGGCCCCUCCUCGUGUGGAUGCCCCCGCCGCCCUGCGCAAAGAAAGCGGCGCCUUUUCUCGCUGCCCCGAAGGAAUGGCCAUCACACACAGUGCGCCUAGUCCCCCUGGGCUGGUUGCACCUGUCUGGCUGGCCAGGUUUUUUGUCGCGCAGCUUUUCCGCAGCUGCGGCCCUGUGGGCUCCGUCGAAAGCAGCCCCACCGCCUUGGGGGCGUAACUAGAAAUACAGCGGGGCGUAGCUCUAGAAUGACGAGCAGCCGCCCGUAAGGCUCGCAACUUGGGGGGGUGCUCGCAAAUUGGGAACAUCCCGGAAGGCUCGUCCCCUCCCAGGGUGGGCUCGCCCCGGGUGUUCUUUCGGUUUCCCGGUGCUUCUCCUUCUCCAGGGGCCUGGGGCGGGCCGCUGUCACGCCUUUGUCUUCCUCCAGGGGGCUCCGGCGCACUCAAAAGCCCUGCGCCUGCAGAGUUUUCGCCCCCAGGAGAAUCCCCUCCCCUUCCCCGCGAGGACUGCAACCUUCCUACUAGGAAAUCGGGCCCAUCGUUUCCUUGUCUACUCCAUACCUCUCCGGCGGUCGCGGAGCGACCGCCCGUGCUAGAUAGUACUACUGCAAUUUUGUCGAGAGGAACAAGCGUUGGUGAGGCUGGCGGAAGGGAAAUGCUAAAAAAUCAACCACGACCUACUAGUACUACUGCAAUUUUGUCCACUUCUGCAGCUUCGUCCACUGCAGGGUCGCCGCUUCAACAACAGCAACCGAAUCUCAAUCACGAGGAACAAUCUCGUCGGGCUUUUAUGCCAAGUUCAAGUUCUUCUUCUUCACAACGAACCAAUACGGAUGGUGGUUUUAAAAAUCUUCUUGGCAGAGAUGCUGGUGGCAUGAUCGACCCACGCGACACAACUACGAACAACCCAUUUCCAACAACAGACAAUCCACAGUGUGGCAACAGCAAGCGUCUGCUCACACGAAAAAUUCUGCCAAUCACGGCACAAGAAACUACGACCUCGACAAGCAGUAGCCCCAGAGUGUUAAACCAUAUUAACAUUGCCGCUGGUGUUUCAACAACAUCUACGAAAAACCGGGCGAGGAGCUUUGUGAACCGUCUGGCGCCGUCGAACAUUCGCACCGCUAGUCCGCGGCCUAUGGCGAAAGCGGCGCAGACGCCGCGGCUGGGGUUUUCGGGGGAAAGUAGCGGUGAUCCAUGGUUGGGUGCGUGAUGAUGGAUGGAAUUUGAUAGUACCAAAAUGUAACUAUAGUAUACGAUGCAUAAUUAAUUUUGUUUUUGUUUUUGCAAAUAAUUAUAGGAGCUUGUCUUGAUCAAUUUGAGCCGGAGUUGUUUCCGUUUCGAUCGGCUUUGUUUAUGUUCACAAAGAUAAUUUUUUUGCACCUGUCAUUUUUUGCUUCUAGCAUUUGGGGGCCUCGCGUGCCAAUGACACACACACACUCGUGAGACGACUCGGUGUGCAGUUUACUUUUGAGUGAAUAUAUUAUUCCUGCGAUUAAAGUUCUGAACGAUUAGUCCAGGGCGAAGUUGUAUAGAACAACGAUUUCGUCAGCGAGAAGGAAUAAAUUUAAAAAUGAAUCAAAAAAUGUAUUAUAAACACAAACUUUGAUUUUUUGUCGUUCGCAAAAUUAUUGAAAAGAUUGGUAAGAUGUAGGCAUCCGUGCCUGUUGCUUGUGGAAACGUAAAACAUAGAAUAUUUUUUACUUUUACAGCUGUCUUCAUUUUUGAUUUUGACGAGAAUUGGUUCCAACAGAUGAAAGCCGGUUCGCAUAAGGAUGUAUUCGAGGCGUAUUCCUGCUGCAUGUCAUCUUUGGUUCUUCUGUUUGCACAGCAAAAUUUUAUUUUCGACUUUUGAUUUAUAUUCCAAGAAUUCCGAUGUUGACUCUUGAUGCUACACUGCGAUUACGUGGUCACCAGAACUAGUACAGUGAGGGAGGCUCAGUGACAGUGGUUAAAGUUAAUCCUUUAGUAGUGAGAUUUUUAGUUCCUGAAGAGAAAUUACAAGGGUCGAUUUCUAAAACCGUUCUAUACGUAAACGCUUUAGGAGCUAGCGUUGGCUGCGCGAGAUGAAAUGUAGUUUAAAAGAAUGGCAAUAAACAUGGCAAGCCGGUGAGAUAGAGCAGGCGUAUAAUUUGCAUGUAAUAUGCGCGACUCUGCCAUACUUCUAUUGCAUGGCUUUUCAAUUAAUUGACCUUCUUCCUAUGUUUCUCAUUUAUCGUACAUUGCAGAAAAUGCACGGUCGGAAUUUUGGGCGAAAAAAUCUACCAGAUGUGGAAACAGGGCCCAAGGCUGAGAUGAAAAAAUCGAAAAAACAAAGACCAUGCAGUUGAGUUACCGAAUCGAAAAA